AUGUAUGAGAAACAAUGUGCUCAACGCAAAUAUCUCAUUGGCCCACCCCUUAGUUUCGCUAAUGCCGUUUCCCUUCAUGUCUUGGGACUCAUUAGUAACGGUGUCUGCGAUCGUUUCCCGAAACUCAAACUUAUCAUCGGUCACUUGGGCGAGCACAUUUCUUUCGAUUUUUGGAGAAUCAAUCAUUGGUUCGAGGACGUCGAAAAGCAUCUCGCCGAGAAGAAUGGUGACAUCCCUUGGAAGAAGACUAUCAUCACAACCUCCGGUCAUUUCCCAACUCCUUUUUGGGAUGGAGAUGCGGAGAACAUCAAGAAGGCGCUUUGUGGCCGAAAAGCAUAUGAGGAUGUUGGAAGGGAAAAUGCAAAGAAGUUGUUGAGACUCGGAAAGUAUCAUGAUUCGGAAGCUGUGGUCGAGUAA